AUACUUGAAUUCAUGUCAGAUAGCGGUAAACUCAAGACCGCUGCGUAUUUUAAUUGACUUAUUUCCUCUUGAUGAAGAAUAUGCUUCACUGAAGCAUUUUAAAUUGCUGUGAUAUGUUGGAUUCAGUCUGUUGAACACAGUUGUUUACUUGCACAUUCUGUUAGCGUAGAUAACAAUAAUCGUAAUUGUAUGGAAAACAGUAUAAUCUACUAUUACUGCAGUAACGAUUGAACUUAGAAAUAGUGAGUUUACAUUCAAGUGUUACGCUUGCUAUGCUCACGAAUGAUUCGAUGAAACUUUAUCGCAAUGGAUAGUUUUACAUCAGAAACUGAAGGAGAUAUAAUUGUCUCAAGUGGAUCAGCUUCGGAGGAAGAUGAUAAACAACCAUCCAGUUAUAAAGGUGCAUCCACUCUAAAAGGUUGGUUUCAAGGUCAUUCGUUUGUGAAAAAGAAUCUACAUAAACCUGCCACAUGUCAUCAUUGUUCCGAUCUCUUGUGGGGCAUAUUAGGAACAACAGGCAUGGUUUGUGAAGUAUGUAAUUUUCUAGCUCAUGAGAAGUGUAUGCGUGUGGUUGUUACUGCAUGUACUUGUAUUGCACCAUUUUUAACUAAGGAUCCUGUUCCUCAUUGUUGGUCAGAAAUUGGUCAUUUUAAGCGUAAAUUUUGUAAUGUUUGUCGAAAACGUGUCGAUGAUUUACUGGCGUUAAAAUGUGAAAUCUGUGAAUAUUAUUCGCAUUACGAAUGCUUAGAUUUCGUCGCUGCUGAUUGUAAACAGUGUGCAAUCUCUACACUAACUUCAGCACCAAAGCGUCCAACCAAUAUACCAGGAACAGUUGAGACUCGAAAUUCGUAUAUGAUGUCACGAUUAUUGCGUAAUUUCUCCAAGUUUUAUACUUCAAAUGAUCCUAAUGAAUUACCGCUUGUUGACUUGGCUGAUUAUGAAAUGAAUUACAAGUCUAUCAGUAAUGCUAGUACCACCUUUACUACAAAUAUUAGCAGUGGUGCAAAUAAUACGGUUACCAGCUGUUCUACUGCUAGCACUUCAUCAUUGUCACCAAUUACGCAAUCCUCUUUAACCAGCACACCUAAAACAUCAACACAGCAUUCUUCAGAAGGUAGUGGUUUUGCUUUAUUUGAAGUAACAAAUGCACUUUCACUCACCUCAGCAACUACAUUGACCACAUUGGCAUCUAGUGAAGAGCAAGCGUCUGGUGGUGGAACUAUAAAAUCCACGGUUAAUUCUUCUUCCUUAUCACCUUCUGCGAAUUCGUCAACAACAGCAUCUUCAUCUCAUGUACAGCAGUCUCAUCACUGGCGUGAAGGCAAUUUACCAGUCAACUCGAAAUGUGCAUCAUGUCGUAAGACAUGUUGGUCAGCUGAAUGCUUAACUGGGAUACGAUGUGAAUGGUGUGGAGUAACAGCUCAUUAUUCAUGUCAUAAAAAUAUACCACCAGAGUGUGAUUUCGGUAUAUUGCGCAACAUUAUGCUUCCACCGUAUUGUGUAUCAGUGCCUCGUACAAGUCUCCUAGUUGAACAGAUAAUUGGUAUGUGCAGACCUCAGCCAGAAACAUUAAUGGGAGUUCAAGCUCUUACAGAUGAGUUUUCAAGUAACGGAGAUAGUCCUGAAGAAUCUGGUAUCGAAAGAAAAUCGACGAAAGAUAAAUCAGACCGAGAUUUUGAUGAUUACGUCCGAGUAUAUGAUGGUUGGAGUCGUUUUCGAAAGAAACAAUGUCGAUAUCUUAGUCUUGGUCGUAGUGUUUCUGUGCUGAAGGUGAUUGAACUGUCACUCAAAGCUUUCCAACUACCUCCAGAUGAAGCAAGAGACUAUUAUCUUGUGGAAGUGAAUGAAAAAGAUGGAAGCGAGCACAGACUGCAUAGUUCUGGUUGUUUUAAAUCUCAGCUGCAAUUUGAAACUCGAAGACCCCAAAUUCUGUUACGUUCUCGUGAUCGUAAUCAAGAUCGUGAAUAUAUUCAAACAUUUCCUGGAACAUUGGACCAAUUUACAGAUGUUGAGCUAUUACCUGUACAAAUCUCAGUGACACGUGACACGACGGUUCAUGAUGUUAUUGUUCAAGCCUUAAAGAGAUUUGGACUUGAGCAUUUAGAUCCAGGUAGAUUUCAACUUGUGGAAACCAAUUUAGAUCGAGGAUUAAUUGAAAGAGUUAUGUCACCGGGUGAACGCCUUUGGACAAUAUUAGAACGUGUUAAACGUGAAUCCGUCCGUGCAUUACGCUUAACUCGAUUUUAUUUACAACCAAUUGAAGAAACGAAAGGUCCUGUUGUUACCUUAUUUGUUGGAAAUUUGAAGAAAGGUUUAAGUCAACGCCUUUAUGAACGCAUAUUACUUGAACGGCUUGGUGUAGAGAAUAAAUGGGAUUUUAUUGAGGUUAUAUACUAUGAUUUUGGAAGUUUGGUUUUGGUUUAUCUGAAUGCAGAACGUGCAGAUGAAGCUUAUCAUAUAUUGAAACAAAGUACGUUUGAAGAUCGACCUAUUCUAGCUAUGAUACUGCCUCGUUUAAAGCCGGCUAAAUUGCCAGAUGAUAUAAAACCGUUAUUAGUAUUAGUCAAUGUGAAAUCAGGUGGAUGCCAAGGUUCUGACUUAAUCACAUCUUUUCGAAAACUGUUAAAUCCUCAUCAAGUCUUUAAUUUGGAUUAUGGUGGUCCACUACCAGGCCUACAUUGUUUUCGUCAUUUAAAACAAUUUAAAAUACUUGUGUGUGGUGGAGAUGGUACAGUUGGAUGGGCUUUGUCGUGUCUGGAUAAUGUUGGCCAAGAUGCAGCGUGUCCUACACCUCCAAUGGCUAUUUUACCAUUAGGUACUGGAAAUGAUUUGGCUCGUGUUUUACGUUGGGGUUCUGGCUAUACAGGAGGCGAAGAGCCCUUGUCAAUACUAAAAGAUGUAGUAGAAGCUGAAAAUAUCCGGUUAGAUCGUUGGACUGUAGUCAUUAAACCAGAUCAGGCUGAAAAGGAUGCGCAAAAGAAACAAUUACAAAUUGAAGCAAAUUCAUCUAAUACAAACGAAGAUUCUAGUCGCAUAUUUGUAAUGAAUAAUUAUUUUGGUUUAGGUAUAGACGCUGAUUUAAACUUAGAUUUUCAUAUGGCACGUGAAGAAAAUCCAGCAAAAUUUAAUAGCAGAAUUCAUAAUAAAAGUGUUUAUUUAAAAAUGGGAUUACGUAAAAUGGUUAAUCGUACAAAAUGCAAAGAUUUACAUCAAAAUAUUAUCGUUGAAGUUGAUGGACGUCAGUUAGACUUACCACCGUUAGAAGGUGUUAUCAUAUUGAAUAUUCUUUCUUGGGGUGCUGGUGCAAAUCCAUGGGGUGUAGAAAAAGAUGAGGCAUUUACAACACCUACACACUUCGAUGGACAACUUGAAGUUGUUGGUGUCACAGGAGUUGUACAUAUGGGUCAGAUAUUUUCUGGUUUAAGAACUGGCAUUCGUUUAGCACAAGGUGGUCAUAUACGAAUUACGGUGAAAUGUGAUAUUCCAGUACAAGUUGAUGGUGAACCAUGGAUUCAACCACCUGGUCAAAUUAUUGUUUUACGCUCAGCUUUGAAGGCUACCAUGUUAAAAAAGCGAAAAAGGCGUAAAGUUAACCGCCGUCAUACGGAGCCAGGUUUAGGUGGUUCUGGAGGUCCGGGAGCAACUGGUUCGAAUCCUAUAGAUGGUAGUACAGAAGAUCCUUUGAGCAGUGCUGUAUUUGGUGCAAGCGGUCCUCCUCCACCUGAAAGUGCUUAUUUCAUGGGAACUGGAAAUCCAAGUGGUAAACAACUUGAAGCUGAUAUUGCCGAAAUCGAUUUAGAAGCGCAAGCCUCGCCUGAUUCUUACGUUCCAAGUGAUCUCAGUGCUGUUAAUACAGCUGAUUCAUACCCAAGAUUAUACAGACCAGGUCGACCAGUUUAUUCUAAAAGAAGAGGACGUCGUUUACCAAAGCCUAUCUUAGUUGCAGUACCAUCAGCUCCAUCAGAGACAUGUAGAUUACCAAGUGAAAUACUUGACAGUGAUGAUUUCGAAGAUACAACUGCCUUAUGUCUUUCUACAUCAACACGACUGAAACAAGCACCAAUUAGUCCGCACUCAACACCAGAUCAGCAUUCUCCAGUUAUACAACACACCAAAACCUCAACAACUUCUGCUUCAAUGAGUGAGUCGGGCUCACCAACUGAUAAAAAAGAAAUAGAAUGAUGCCUAAUUAUUUUAUUUUUCCUGUAAUCAAUUUAAACAUCUUUCAACGACAACUACAUUCCAUUCUUAUGAAUAAUAAUGAUGAUUUUUUAUUUGAGAAGCGGCUCUGAAUAAAUUCUUAUCCAAUGGAGUAUAUAUAUACAUAAUUCAGCUUCGAAAAUGUUUAUAUAUAUAUACGUGAUGCUUCAAAAAGCAAAACCUUUGUCAGUUUCAUCUAGUUAUAAAUUUAAUCUUGUAUACAAAUUUUAAAGUAGCCAUACAUAUGCAUAUAUGCAUUUUCCUCAAAAUGAGAAUAUAUUUUUAAUUUAUUCAACGUUGCGUAUAUUUGUUUGAGUAAUUUAUUAUUUACUUUUCUGAUUGUUUGUUUAUUUUCGUGUUUAUUGUUUUAUCAUUUAUCUCCGUCCUAAUAUAUGACUUUUGUCAACAGACUACUACUUCUACUACUACUAUGAUUACUAAAUUAAUUAGUACAUAGUCUUCAUUGCACUGAACAGAUGUAAAAAGAAAAUAUAUGUCUGUUAACUUAUUUAUUUUAUUGUAUAUAAUAUAGUCUACACGGUAUUCUAUUUCUGGUUUGUACGUCUAUAAUUUCCAGUGUUUUAUUGUUUAUUUAAUUUUGUUUUCUUAGUUACUUUUUCUUUCCUUAUUUAUAUCUACUCAAAUAAACAAAUAGGUUAUAUCUUAACUCAAUAGUUAAUCAUACGAAAGUAGUUUCAUCUAUUUUUGUCUUUCCCAGUUAACUGACAUAUAUCCAUGUGCAAUAUUAUCCUAAAUACUAUCUGAUCGUGUCAAUAGUUUAUAUAGUUUGAUUUAUUUAUUUUUUCCAAUCAAGUUUGUCAAAAUUGUCUGACUAUCGAUCAAUAAAAACUUGACUUAUGUUUUAUCCUCUUUUAGCGAAACUAAUUCUUCACACCAGAUUUAUGGUGUACUCAAUUUACGCAGAAAGUUGCUUGUUUUUCACAUAGCAGAAGAAUUUAUAUUUGUGCAAUAUUAAUUUUUCAUUUAACUGUUUACAGUGUUAUAAAUAUCUGCCUUUUUAUUAGCUGUCAUUUUCCUUACCAGAUGGGAUUACAUAACUUGGUAAACGUACCCCUUAUGCAUAUAUAUGCACAUCAUACUACUUACUGCAUAUAUUAUGUUUACAGACCACUUAUUUGUACAGUAGUCGGAAAACAUUCCUUUACUGCAAGUCAAAGUAAAGUGCAGGCAGUUGACUGUUUCUUUAUAUCCGCGACUCCAUAUAUAUAUAUAUAUAU